UAUCACCUGUAGUAGCGAGGUUCUGAACAGAAGCGCCGACGGUACAGGCAACAGGUCAGAUGGACUAGACCUGCGCGAUUAACGGAAUGUGGUGUUACUAGCACAAAGCCUGUACAAUUACAGGGAAAGAACGGUUCUCCACUACCAACUUCUAUUACUACCUUGGACUUGAGAAACCUUCAUUUUUACAAUGCCAAAGAGUGACACAUGGCCCGGUGGCGUCGCCAUAGGGACAAUCACUGGCAUGGACAGUGCAGGCAGCUGUGACAGUGUUGUCAGUAUGAACUCUGGAUUUAGUGACAAUAGCCUCAAGCACCUGUCUGCUGAGGAGAGGGCAUGUCUCAUGUUCUUGGAGGAGACCAUAGAGUCCCUAGAGGCUGAGGAGGAUAGUGCACUGUCCAAUGAUGAGCCUGACUGCCUGCCCACCACCGGCAACGUGGCCACCAAGAUGGCCCACCUCUCUGCCUCCAUGGGCCAAAACAAGCUCAACAAUGUAUCAAAAUAUCCCAGUGAUGAGCACGGUUACCUGGUUCCUACUCCGUUCAUCCUGGCCAACAGCACCGCCUGCAUCCUGCCCAGGCCAGGAAUACCCCCAAAUAAUGAGAACUCUCACCCAAAGCCCCAGGUCACUGCCUUGGACAACACGCCAUCUCAGAGCCAUCACCCUUGUGUACCCCCUGAGGUCAAUGUUGUGGUGAUACCCCCUCCAUCAAAGCCCAAAGACUACCCUUGUCAGAGACCACCCCCUUCACCCAGGGGCCCUCUGUCCUAUGAGGCCCUAGUGCAGCUGAGGAAGAGUGCGUCCAUGAAGAGAACCCUUCAAAGUGCCACAGCUGAGACCAGAGACUGGAACAGGCAGCCCUCUUCAUCAGCCAUUCCCAUUGACCUGCACCAUGGGAGCACACCCAGGGACCCCUCAGUCACCCCAGCCCAGGUCACACUCCCCCAAGAGCCCAGCAAGCACAAUGACAGUCCUCCAGUAGUGUUCCCAAAACCCCCCAAAAUACCCUCACACAUUGCCCUGAAUACCCAAAAGGGUACAGCCAACCCCACCACAGACUCCAGUGCCCCUUCCUUGAGCUCAUCACCCACUGACAGGCAUUUGUCAGACCCCCAAAAGGUGAGAAAGGAGGCCCUGCAGAAGCUGGGGCUCCUGAGAGACAAUAAUGAGUCCCAACCUAAGUCUUUUACGCCACUGUGCUCCUCCAAAUUGCACUCCACCUGUGACCUAACUUCAGCCAGUGUGGGAGUUAAAGCUCAACCCCACGGUAACUCAACAAGAAGCCAGCCCUCAUCCACCGCCCAAGGACCCAGAGAACCUAACAGCAGGCCGGUACAAAGCAGCAGCUUCCUCCAUCGCUCUAGGAGUGAGGAGCAGCCCCCCAUACCGCCCUCACACCUGACCAAACCCAGUGGGGUCAAAGCUGCCACCCUAGAGCGUUCUGGUGUGGGGCUUGGGAGCUACGUGACCGACAACCGGAAAUCUCCCAAGGAUGAACGUUGCACCCCACCUGCUCCCAUCAAAGCCCCAGAGCAGGAGAAAACAACACUCGCUGCGCAGCCAGUGUCCACCCACAAGACCCCGCACUGCCCGGGCUUCAGUGUGGUGAUGGUGCCCAGCAUGGGAGAAGACAGACGAGAGGCUCUUAGGAAGCUGGGGCUGUUGAAAGACUAGGCCUGGAGAGAAGGUAGCCAUAUCUCUUCCCAGUGGAUAAAUGGAUAUAUAAAAGGGGUAUCAAAUGGAACAGACUUCCUCCACCACCGUAGGCAGAGAAGCAGCAUAAAGAGGGAAUUGAAUGGAUUUCUGUAAAUAUUCUUAGGGCACUGAACGUGCUGCUUUAUCAGGAAAAGACCUUCUUUCUUCCUUUUCUGUCUGUAAAACCUCUUUCUGCAGUCUAGUUUUCAUGUCAGUUGUUUAAUAACAUAUUUGCAAAUUGUUUUUCAAGGGUUUUGCUGUUACAGAAUCAGUCACUGCACACUUAUACAGUAGGUCAGAGGAAUGAAUGCAACAGGCUUAUUCAGAGGGGUUGGGUUAAAUGCGGAAGACACAUUUCAGUUGAAUGCAUUCAGUUGUACAACUGACUAGGUAUCCCCCUUUCCUAUUCAUCAUAUUUUUGGUAUAAUUGUUGUGUAACAGACUGCGUUCAUGGUAUGCUUGCGAUGAGAACAUGUAUUUGACCAUACACUAAAAAGUUAGCCUAUUGUGUGUCAGAUUGUGACCAUUUCCUUAAUUUCGCCCAACCAGACUGAGCUUCCUGUUGUUAAAUUACAGCCAUUUUUUCCUCCAACCAUCACAGCCCCAUCAGAUAAUAUUUUUUGUACAAAAAGAGAAAGAAUUCUUUAUAUUCCCGAGACCCAACAAUACAUUUUUGUCUUCUCUAAUGGACAUUUGUUUUUGGUCCAUAUCUCUAAAGGCCAUACAUGCCACUGUGUUAGGGCCCAUUGUACCUUUGAGAGGACAUUCUGGGCUUUUCAAUGAUAUCACUUGUGGGGGUGUGACUUGAUUUUUUUUCUUCCUGGUUCUUCAAAAUGGCUACCAUCACAAUUAGCACAUUUUAUAUGUUGUGAUUUUGAUAUUCAAAUUGUUUCUAAUAGGUAAAUAUAAUUUCUUCACAUUAAAUAAGAUAUUGUUAAUAAAGUGGACAUAAAGAUGUGCUGUUUUUCACAUACUGUCCCCAUUUACUGUAA